UAAAUAGUGUGGGGCAGACUGAAGAAGCCCGAGAUUCAUCCCCGCUUUCCCACCGCAUCACCAUCGCGUCUUCGUGGGGUUGGUGAGUCACCAUCCAAUGUAUUCCUUCCGCCUCUUCUCUCGCAUUAAUACCUCCUCUGCCAUUCGCCUGUCGCGCCCUAACCUCAGCUUCUCCUGCACUCCUCGCCCGUCAGCAUCAGCUUCAGCUUUCGCACCUCGGUUCAACGUCAAGUUUCUUCACGCCAGCAGCAAGAUGAGCAAGCCAAAGGCCCUUCUGUUGGGUAACCUUGAUCACGCCAAGAAGACGUGGGAGGCUCUCUCUGACAUUGCGGAGCUUGUUACCCCGCAGGCCAAGAACCGGGCCGAGUUCAUCGAAGAGUGCAAGAGCGGCAAGCUGGACGGCGUCGUUGCAGCGUACCGCACGUUUGGCAGCGUUCAAAUCACCGGCCUGGUGGAUGAGGAACUGGUUAAUGUGUUUCCGGAGAGCUUGAAAUUCAUCGCUCACAAUGGAGCCGGCUAUGACCAAGUCGACGUGCACGCCUGCACGACCCGGGGCAUCAAGGUGUCCAACGUGCCCACGCUCGUCGACGACGCCACAGCCGACGUGAACAUGUUCCUGAUCAUCGGCACGCUUCGCGGGUUCAACACGUCCAUGCAGGCGCUGCGCGAGGGCAAGUGGCGCGGUAACCCAGCGCCGCCGCUCGGCCACGACCCCGAGGGCAAGACGCUCGGCAUCCUCGGCAUGGGCGGCAUUGGGCGCAACCUGAAGAAGAAGGCCGAGGUCUUUGGCAUGAAGGUCAUCUAUCACAACCGUAAGCAGCUCAGCGACGAGCUGGCUGGCGGCGCAAAGUAUGUGACAUUCGACGAGCUGCUGUCGACUAGCGACGUCAUCAGUCUGAACCUGCCUCUGAACAAAAACACCCGCCACAUCAUCUCCGGCCCCGAAUUCGCCAAGAUGAAGCCGGGCGUCAUAGUCGUCAACACGGCCCGCGGCGCCGUAAUGGACGAGGCCGCCCUCGUUGCCGCCCUCGACAGCGGGCACGUCUGGUCUGCCGGCCUGGACGUGUACGAGGACGAGCCCGCCGUGCACCCCGGCCUAGUCGCCAACCCGCACGUCAUGCUCGUGCCGCACAUGGGCACCUGGACCGUCGAGACCCAAACCGCCAUGGAAGAGUUCACGAUCGGCAACGUGCGCGCCGCGCUCGAGAAGGGCCGCCUCAACUCCAUCGUCCCCGAGCAGGCUGACUUGCAGUGAGAGCGGGCACGCACGCUCGCUCGCACGCAUGCACGUCCGUAACGUCCCGCACAUCCGUAACGUCCCGCACGUCCGCUCGCCCGCGUCCUCGCACUGGCCAGCCAGCCCCGUCACGGCGCAAGACUUACCUCGACACACGGCCCUGCGCGGCCUGGCCGAGCGCGCCUUCUAGAAGCGCCCGGCAUUCGCACCGUCUCGGGGCGCCCGAGCGUGUGCGCGGGGCUGGCCUGCUGGUCUGACUGGUGCGUGUGCGUGCGUGUGUGCGUGUGUGUCUGUGUAUGUACGUGUGUUUGUGUGUGGCGGGAGCGGGCGGCUAUCUACAUACCGGGAGUUUUGUAUUGUAGACGGGGGAAUUACCUAGAGACGGACGGCCAGACAGACGGUGCAACGAGCCCAUACCAUAUACCAUCCCAUCAUCUAUCCAUCAUAGAACAGAACAGGCAG